AUGGUUGUGAUUAUCCAGCAGCAAAUCGAAUCCUAUCCUGGUGGUGCUGUACAAGGUUAUCCAGGUACUGGUCAGGGUUUCCUCGGACAAGGUCUUACUCAGCAUGUUCCUCAAGGCAGUUUUGACCUCUCGUCCCUCUCUGGAUUCGACGAAUCACAGUUCCAAGCAUUUCUUCAGGGUCAACAGAUUCCUCCUGGAGCUCUAACUGGUGGUAGUUAUCCAGGUUCCGUUUUACCACCAAACUCCCUGCCAGAUAGCUCUAAUAUCCAGAAUCGCCCCAUUCCUAACUUGCCAUCCAUCGCUGUUCCAGGUGUCACCCACCCUCAAGGCUUACCGUUUCCUCCUGGUGGAAAACCUGGAUAUCAACUUCCUAAUCCCAUUGCCCCUCCUGGAACAUAUUCUACUUGUGGAAAGAGAAAUGCUUUUGGUAUCCAGGGUCGUGUCCAGAAUCUGCAAUAUCACGAUGACUCUGCAGAAUUUGGAGAAUUUCCCUGGCAGGUGGCUAUAUUGAGAAAAAUUGGACCCAAAGACAGCUUGUAUGCAUGUGGAGGCGCGUUGAUAGAUAGCAGAUGGGUAGUUACCGCAGCCCACUGUCUUAAAAAGUUUCAGGCUGGUGAUCUUAAAAUACGACUUGGUGAAUGGGAUGUUAACAGAGACGAUGAGUUUUAUCCAUACAUAGAAAAAUAUAUCUUAGAGGUUCACGUUCACCCUCGGUUUAUCUCUGGAAACCUGAAAAACGACAUUGCCUUGCUUUUGUUAGACGGUCCCGUGAACAUAAACUCUCCUCACAUCGCUCCAGCUUGUCUCCCAGAUCUUCAUGACCGUUUUGAUGGCCAACGAUGUUGGGUUAGUGGAUGGGGAAAGGAUGCUUUUGGAAACAACGGAAAAUAUCAAAACGUGUUGAGAAAGGUUGAUAUGCCUAUCAUAGGAUUCAAAGACUGUGAAGCAAGACUUCAACACACGAGACUUGGUCGUGCUUAUCGACUUUAUCCGGGAUUCUUAUGUGCUGGAGGAGAACCCGGCAAAGAUGCUUGUGAGGGUGAUGGAGGGAGCCCUCUAGUGUGUGAAAAUCAAAAUGGAUUGUGGAAAGUUGUUGGCUUGGUGUCAUGGGGAAUUGGAUGUGGUCAACCUGGAGUACCUGGAAUCUACGUUAAUGUUGGUCAUUACAGGCCUUGGAUAGAUAGUUUUAUCAAUCGUUAUGGUUAAAGUUAUUAGAAAACUAAGGUGACUUUAUGGAACAUUUCAUUCUUACCAUUAA